CUGAAUGAGCGAAACAAACAUGGCCACACAGUGGAGCGGACAGGGCGGCUUAUUAACUUUGCUUGUGGUCCUUUGGAGCGCUGUUUGCGGUCACACGGAGACGACGGUCAUAUCCUGGAGCCAGAUACUGGGCAUGAGACUGGAGAGGAGUAACAAGCCGGCCACAAUCAUUGAGGACGGUGUCAUUCAGGUGACAGAAGAGAGCAGCGUCCAGCUAAGGUUUUACGGGCUGCAGCUCAGUUCGGACUCCGCGUCCCAGAUCCGGUUCGUGGAGCUCGUUGAAGAGGAGGAUGACAGAGACUCGGUAAACAGGACUUGUGUCGAUUUUACCAAAGAUAUCAGCGUUGGGAGUUACAUGAACGUCAGCAGUCGAGGGACAUCAGGUGUGGUGAAUGUAACCGUUAAGCCGCUUCGCAAAACUGAGCGCGAGCGGGAGUACAUCGCGUGCAUCAGGAGUCCGGAAGGCAAGUGGCACCUGCUGUCAGAGAACGACGGUAGGUUACAGGUUGUAGAGGAGAGGACCUCUCUGCUCCCUUUGUGGCUUCAGAUCUCCUUGGUGUCUUGCCUGCUUGUCCUGUCCGGCAUGUUCAGUGGACUCAAUCUGGGGCUCAUGGCGUUAGAUCCGAUGGAGCUACAAAUAGUGCAAAGUUGUGGUACCGAUAAAGAAAAAAGGUAUGCACGCAAAAUCAGUCCUAUUCGUAGCAAGGGGAAUUACCUGCUCUGCUCAUUAUUGCUUGGUAAUGUCCUUGUAAAUACCACUCUUACUAUCUUGUUGGAUGAUCUUAUCGGAUCCGGCAUUGGCGCAGUAGCAGUAUCCACUGUGGGCAUUGUGAUCUUUGGUGAGAUCGUGCCACAGGCGCUGUGUUCUCGCCAUGGUUUGGCAGUCGGUGCCAACACCAUCCUGUUGACGAAGUUCUUCAUGCUUCUUACCUUCCCAUUGUCGUUUCCCAUCAGCAAGCUCCUUGACUGCAUUCUGGGACAAGAAAUUGGCAGAGUGUACAACAGGGAGAAGCUGCUGGGAAUGCUAAAGGUGACGGAAGCGUACAUCGACUUGGAAAAGGAAGAGCUCAAUAUGAUUCAUGGUGCAUUGGAGUUGAGGACCAAAACAGUUGAGGAUAUUAUGACACCACUGAACAACUGCUUCAUGAUCAAAUCUGAUGCUGUGCUUGACUUUAACACCAUGUCCGAGAUCAUGGAGAGCGGCUACACACGCAUCCCAGUCUACGAAGAUGAACGCUCCAACAUAGUAGACAUUUUGUAUGUAAAAGAUUUGGCCUUUGUUGAUCCGGAUGACUGCACAACACUCAAAACCGUUACUAAGUUUUACAACCACCCUGUCCAUGUUGUCUUCCAUGACACCAAACUGGAUGCCAUGUUAGAGGAGUUCAAAAAGGGCAAAUCUCAUCUGGCCAUAGUCCAGAGGGUAAAUAAUGAGGGAGAGGGGGACCCUUUCUAUGAGGUGCUGGGUCUAGUGACACUGGAAGAUGUUAUUGAAGAGAUAAUCAAGUCAGAGAUUCUGGAUGAGUCGGAUCUAUACACUGAUAACCGAACCAGAAAGAAGGUGGACCCAAAUAAAAACAAAAGGGACUUUUCGGCCUUCAAACACGAAAGUGAAUCCAAAGUGAAGAUUUCUCCCCAGCUGCUCUUAGCUGCUCAUCGGUUCCUGGCGACUGAGAUAAGCCUCUUUGGUCCACAACAGAUCUCGGACAAGAUUUUGUUGCGAAUUCUCAAGCAUCCCGAUGUCAUCCAAGAUCUACGGUUCAAUGAAAAUGACAAGCGCUCACAUCAGCACUACCUGUAUCAACGUGGCAAGCCUGUUGACUAUUUUAUUCUCAUCUUACAGGGUCGGGUGGAAGUGGAGGCAGGCAAUGAAAAUAUGAAGUUUGAGACUGGUCCCUUUUCUUAUUAUGGAGUCAUGGCAUUAACCACAUCAUCCUUGGAGUUUCGUUCUCCUUCACACCUUAGUGGUCUAAAUCGCUCUGCUUCCUUGAGCUGCACAGAGAGAGUGGACUCACUGUCGACCAGUGGUAGCAACUUGCAGCUCAACAGCACCUCUACAUCCCAGUACGUCCCAGACUUCAAUGUGCGUGCCCUCUGCGACUUGCAGUUUGUUAAGGUCACCCGUGCUCAGUACCAAAAGGGCCUUUUGGCCUCCAAACUGGACAGCACACCACAGUCCCCACAGAGCAAUCACAUUCAGUUUGACAGCAUGCUUGCACCAUCCCUGACUCCACCCAAUUCUUCAAUGACCUGCAGCGCAGCAGCCGUAGCACUCAGAGAGGAAACAAACACGACUACAACGCUGCUUAAUGACAGGAAUAGCCUGAAUAGUCAACGCGCUGCCCAACCACAGUCCUACUCUAACUCCAACUUAAAUCUCAACACCAGUACUAACUCUAGCCCUCACUCACGAUCCAACAACCACCCUCAGCCACAGACUUGUACACCUCACCUGAACAUCCACAACAUCUCUCACAGCCACGCACAAACAGAAAGCACGAUCUGACAAAGCGCAUGGGGGGCCAUGGUUGGUGCAAGGCUCCAGAGAGGACCGAACUUAUCCACAAAAAUUUGUAUGUGUACAUGGCAAUUUACAAACUAUAUGCAAUGUAACACAGAAGCACUUAUAUGGAUGAACUUUGAAGUGGGCUUUGUAUCUUCCUCAGGCCUUUCCUGCAUGCAGUCUUUUUUCUCCAAUGGCCAGUUAUUUCAGUGAAAUCUAGAAUGGAUUCAUCUAUAGCAAAGCACAAGAGAGGUCCUGCAGGUGUAGUUUAAGAUUUAGAAAUUUCAUUACUAGAUCAUAAGAAACAUUGGUGGGAUUCUUAAUAGAACUUUGUUGUUUAUGUUGUGAGCCCAGACAUUGCAUGGUGAAAACAUAUGCACACCUCCUUUUUUUUUUUUUUUUUUUUUUUUUUAAGAUAUUUUUGAAAGUGUUUUUGUAGCAUGCAAUGACAAAAAUGUCACUGAGACACUUGGGCAUUUUGGAAUGACAUAACUGUGUAACAUUUAUAUAAGAAAUGAUUGCACUUUUUAUAACCUUUAGGAAUCCUUACCAAACUCUUUGUAUGUCAUUUUUUUUUCUGUUUUGAAUAGUGAGAGCAUCAGCUUUACCAGUUAGUCAUCGGUUUAUCAGGUCUAUGGUGGACUUGGUACUUUCUAAGGAAAAUAGAAUCGCACUUGUCAUGCCACAGUUUAUCCUGAAUAGGUCAAAUUUAGUUAUGCAAAUCAUUUCAAAUAUUCUAAAUAUUUAAUACUUUAUUUAUUGAAUGACUUUCAGUCCUGAAGCAGUGUAGAGAUAUGUAACAGAACCAACCACAGCCUAUUGCAGGUAAAAAAUAGAAUAUAGAUAUUAGUAAAUUAUAAAAUAUUUAUUUGUGUCUAAAUUAAUGUUUGUGUGUGUAUAAUUUCCCCUAAUGCUUUAUUAAAAAUCAGUUUAUCAGGGCACAGCUGUAUUUAGUCCAUUUGAGGGGAUAAACCUGACCAAAAUUGUCCAGUACCAAAGCAUAGGAUUCCAAUUAUAUCUAUGUACCAGUAACAAGUUCAGCGAACAGGUUAUAAGUCAUAGUGUGAACUUUGCUCUAACAUUUGUGCAUCAUAACACUACAGCCCUAGUAAAUAGCAUAACCUCACUUGUGUUCCACAGAAUUACAGUAUGGUCAGUUGUUGUGACAAUGGGAGAACAUUGAAAUCCUUAUUGCUCAUUACUUUAAGAGAGUCUAAUAACACAUUGUAGGGCAUGCAUAACAGUCAUGUCACUGGGUUGCCCACUGGUUCAUACAUGUUACUUUAAGUAAAUUGAAUGUUAGUCUGGUACAUCCAAAGGAGCCAAGUCCAGCACUUUUUUGGUAAAUAGGUGUUUUUGUGGUGGUGGUGUGUAUUUUUAAAUAUUUUCAGUCAGUUAUUUAUAAGUGUUUUGAUGUCUUUAUAAGACAUCUGCAAAGCAAUAGAUAGAUAGAUUAUUGAACGGGUUGGUUAUAAUUUAAUUGCACAAACAGAAAAUGGUUUAUACUUUACCUCAGUUGAUAAUUGCACGUGUAGAAUAAUUUGAACCAAAAAGUGUAAUUGAAGGUUUUCAUGAGCAUAUUGGUUAUGAUAAUAUCUUAUUUUGACUAAAGGUUUAAGGACUCAUUUAUUUCCACAGAAAAAAAGGGAUUGGCCAAAGUUUUUUGCACUUUGACCUGUAUCUCUGCUGUUAGAAUAUUGUUGCACUUUGUGGUCCCUGCGUUGUGGAAUGAGAUACUCCCGCAGCUCAGAAGAAAUGAAAUUCCUUUGGGCUAGAGGUCCAACCGGUAAUCUGUUUUUAAUGUUUGUUGGAACUUUUUGUUAGAGACUGUGGAGGGGAUUGUUUUAACUUGCCUUUUUCAUUAAUGUAUCCUCAGCUUUACAGUUUGUCACUCCUGAAGGUUAAAGAUUAUUAUUGAGUGGAGCAGCAGGCUAUGGGCACAUUUUAUCAUUGUGCAUGGUUUACUUAUCAGUCUUUGUAGACAUGCAUUCUGUGUGCUGAUGCAUGAAACGGUGAGAAAUCAGCACAGUUCCUUUGACCGUUCAAAUUUGUAGAAGCAUAAGUGUCUCUCAUUUGCCUUCUGUGAAUUCAUCACAGCAGUUUCUUUUUUUUUUUUUUCAGUUUCUUCAACAGCGUCUGUAUGGUAUUGUGACCUCUCCGCGCCUUCCCUUUUUUUUUUUUGCAGAGCAAAGGCAUUUUCAGAGAUUGUACAAAGCAGAGUUCAUUAUUGUUCAUUAAUGUCUGCUUUUGUUUUAAAUGUACUGUACUUCCACUAUUAUUUGAUUGCUCUGUUUGAAGCAUUGUGCACAAAGUGUUUUAUAAGGGCUGCUGAAGGGGUUCUCAUGAACAUGACAAUAAA